UUCCAAAAUCAAAAAAAAUCUUUUGGAGAAGAAAAAACCCUAAUUAGAGAUGGAAUCAUCUUUUAAGAAGACGACGACGGCCAAUGAGAAAGGCGAAGAAUUGAAGAAACCUCCUUUCAGACGAGCAAAGGACGAUACUAAACCCGUUCUCCGAGACCCUAUCCUGACUUCAGACCCACUAGAGACUGAGGAAGCUGUUCUUCAAUUGCCUCCUUUCCCAUCAUCAAUCCAAAUAAAACGUCAAUCCAAAUGAAUCCAACUGGUUUUAUUUGAAAUUUUAGAUUAAGAUGAUCUUCCAUUGUUGUACUAUUACUACUGAAAUCAAUUGAUUAUGAAUUGAUUUGAAUCCAUUAAUGAAACUCUUCUCUGCUUA